AUGUGAAGCUGGAAAGGUUGAGAAGUCCAAGGGCAUGAAGUUCGUCUUCAAAGCGGAAUGUAGUACAAUCGUCUAACUCCUUGAUAUGGUUGCUCAUUUGCGGACCCUAUGGUUUGCAGUUGAUGACCAGUUGGAUGAUAUUAUUAACCAAUCCAAUGUCAAAUACUAUACAGCUGUUUGACAUAGGUUGGCUGUAACUCCCACGGUGAUUGACACUUUGGUCACCAUUUUGAUUGGGGAAUAUUCUGACUGAAUACUUCAGGGCUCAGGCAGAGAAGGUGGUGAAUAUGUGUAGACCCUGCCCAUAUUUGGUUAGGGGGAGCUCUGAAGCAUAUAGGCCUUUGGUUUUUGCCAGAACUUAAAAUUCUGCCAUCUAACGGGAUUCAUGUUGUUUGUUGCAGAAACUGCUGCGGAAUUUUGCGCAUGAGAAUGCUGUGCUACAUGAGAGGUUAUGUUUUUUGAUGAACCAUAUGCAAUUCGGUUCCCUGUUGCAGCCACUCCACUAUUUACCCUUUUAGAUGGCCUUGGAAGAGAUAAAUUCCGAACCUAUAUCAAUACCAAUGACCUCAAUCCUUCCGGAUGGAAGUAUUACCCGGACCGAGUGAAUGCUGUGAAAAUGAACAUUGACACGGCCGCAAAUUGUUCCUGUUCGAGACAGGUUCUGAUAUUCGGAAAUGUUGAGUCUGGCUCAUGAUAUUUGGGGUGUCACGCAUAUGACAUGUUGGAGGAACAGAAGCACGAAAAAUGGAUGGCCUCGAGAUCUGAUUCUGUUGCAAGGAAUUUCCAACUAUGAUCGUAAUUGGCUUUGGGACUUGAUUCGGCAGGACUGACCUUGAGACUUGAUUUCUGAAGCAUUGGCCCCAGAGACUUGAUUUUGUGGGAUUAGCCUUGAGAUUUAUUCUGUUAGUAUGGCAUUGGAGACUUGAUUCUGUAGAGUGAAGAGACCUGUUAGGAAGAUUCUGACA